AUGGGUGGUGCUCUCGUUAUUGCUCGGCUUCAAGCCGUGGAGUGGAUGAUGAAGGUCAAUGCCCGUUACGGAUUCUCAGCAGUAACUGCGUUUCUCGCCAUUAACUACUUGGAUAAGCUCAUUUCAAGUCUCCAUUCUCAAAGAGAUAAGCCAUGGAUGAUCCAGCUAGCAGCUGUGACUUGUCUCUCCUUGGCUGCCAAGGUGGAGGAGACCCAAGUGUCUCUCCUCUUAGGCCUGCAAGUGGAGGACAACGAGUAUGCGUUUGAAGCGAAAACAAUUCAGAGAAUGGAUUUUCUGGCUGAAGUGGCAGAAAGAUUAAAAAGAAAGACUAAAUCUGGGGGUGAGGUUCAUGUAGCCUCUGAUUCACCAAAAGCUUCUAGUGUUGAUGAACAAGUGAGAACUGAGGCAAAUGAUGCUGUAGCUUCUGAUUCUCAAGAUUUGACAAUUGAAGGAAAGAUUGAAACUGCCCCUGCUGAUGAUUUGGUUAAGUCAGAUUUUACUUUGUCUGAAAGGAUAUCUUGUGAUACCAAGAGUGCACCAGUGGAUGAGGUUUAUAAUUCAGUUUUGGAAACUACCCCUGUUGGUGAUUCAGUUAAGCCAUAUGUUUCUUUGUCUGAAGAGGUGAUUUUUGAUGCCAAAGGUGUGCCAGGUGAGGAGGCUUAUAAGUCUACUGUGGAGACUGCUUUCGUUGUUGAUUUAGUUAAGCCAGAAAUGUCUGUGUCUGGAGAGGUGAUUUGUGUUACUGAUAGUGCUCCACUUGGGAAUUCAGUGGCUGAUUUUGUUAGCGACACUAAUACAGCCAUGAAACGUUGA